CUUUGUCUGUUGUGUCACCACUUCAUCAUUAUCGAAGUGGAAGCCGGGAUUUAACCCCUCCAUCAUCGAAAUGAGCCAAAACUCCCGCAUCGAUGGCGAUGGCGCUCGCACAAAGGACUCAUCUUCGUCAAUACCGUCGCACGCAAAGAAGAUUCUCCUAACCGCUUUGAUUGGCAAUGAACGGUUAGACAUGCCAGCGGCGGUGACAGAUCUCGCAUCAACGGUUGUCUUCACUCCAGAUGUCGAAACAUUCUUGCCAACGCCUCUGAAAAUGACAGAGUCUGCCUCUGCGUUGUGGGCCUGUAUUGGACUCUUCGCCAGUGCAAUCUGCCGGGAGCGGCACAAUACCGAAGCACCGAAGAAGAUAGCAGUGGACGUAUACUCGGCGACAUUGAUGCUCUGCUCAGUCUUCCUCUUCACGAUUGAUGGCAAACAAUUGGCGAAGAGCCCAGCUGGCCCCCGAGCAGUCCAUCUCGACAAAGGACACAUUCGGGAGACAUACAGAGGGCUGGUCUCGAAUAUCUACAAAACGGCCGAUGGUCGAUAUUUCCACACCCAUGGAAGUCUCAAUGCUACGCCGACGCUCACUAUGCUGGGUUUGCCGCAUCACCGUCCCGAUUUGGAGGGCAACAUUGAAGGGUGCAAAGACAUCUACCGAGCCGCUGUAGCUGAGAGGGAUAGUGUGUCACUGGAGGCGGAAGCUAACGAGCGAUGGCUGCAGCCAGGUGUAAUUUGCCGUGCAGUCGAAGAGUACGCAGCAACGCCGCACGGCAAGCUGAACAUUGAAGAGUCUCUCUAUGCGAUCUACAAAACUCAUGAGCAACAGUCGCGCACCCCCUGGCCGCCAAGCCGGACUCCUGGUGCUCCACUGGCAGGCAUCAAAGUGCUCGACCUGACCAAAGUCAUUGCCGGUCCAACGAUAACACGAGUCUUGGCUUUGAUGGGUGCAGACGUCCUGCGUGUAUCGACAAACACGCAGCCUGAGGCUGUGCCCUUCAUUGCGGAUGGCCAAAUAGGCAAGCGAGAUACUGAUAUCAAUCUCAAGACCCCGCAAGGAAAAGCACAGUUCGAGAGUCUUCUCCAACAAGCCGACGUCGUUGUUAGCAGCUAUAGGCCCGGUGUUUUUGAAAGAAUGGGACUUGGGAGAAACUGGGUCCACGAGCUAGCCAGGAGACGUGGCAAAGGCGUUGUGUAUUGCAGGGAGAACUGCUAUGGAUGGAGUGGUGAGUGGAGUGGUCGAGCAGGGUAUCAACAGAUUAGUGACUGCGUUACUGGAGCAGCUUGGGAACAAGGGCGCUUCCUUGGCCUUGACGAGCCAGUCAUGCCGCUGCUACCCAAUUCCGACUCGCAGACCGGCUUGACGGGAGGAAUCGCUAUAAUGCAGGCUCUUCUUCGGAGAUCACAAGAAGGCGGCUCCUACAACGUUGACGUUUCGCUGAACCAGCUCAACAAUUGGCUUAUCCGGAAAGUUGGACUGCACGACCAGCAGGCGCAAGCAUCGCUCCGCGCCCUGCACCCCGACUUCCUCCCCAGACACGACACUGGAUUCUUCGAAUUAUGUCCAAUGGUCAUGGAGGCUACGAAGAAAUCAAACGGCACAGGAUCGGGCCAGCUCUGGGACCGAGCGAGAUUCACAAAGGCCGACAUCCGGUGGGGUAAAGAGGGCGAGGUGGCCGAAUACCUGGACUGGAGGCGCAUAGUCUCCGCGGAGAGUGAAAGUGGCAAUGAGAUGGUGUUCGACUUCUCGAGUGCUUCAUGCAUGCCGGGAUCUGAUGAGGCGAAAUGGCUUACUAGUUAAGAAAAGAACAUCGUUCCGGAAUCUAGGAAGCUGAAGCGGUAGUACGCCCUUACCGUAAAGGAGCCACAUAUAAGAACACAUCUCAAUAAGAAUAUAACAACCGCGAAG